AUGGUGCCAAACUUUUUCAAAAAGGAAGAACUAGAACCAGUUUUAAAAGGCAUUGAAGGUUUGGUUGAUAUACUUGCAGAAAAACUUCAUCAAGCUGGAAAAAUUAAAGGUGCAAGCAUUAAAUAUGACAGUAUAAUUUUAAGGCGUAUUGCUUUUCAGUUUUUCACUGCAGUCAAAUCUGAGUUCUGGUCAUGAAUUCAACUUUGAAUUUGAAAUAUUGUAACCAUUUGCUACACUUCGAUUAAAUUAAAACAGGAAAUGGUCUAAAUUAGCCAAGAGACGGAAUACUUGUCAACUGCAUUAAUUAAACCGCAGGGUGACAAUUAAACCGCAUCCAAUUGCCGAUUUUUAAUACACGAAAUAGUGAAAACAAUUACAGAAAACAAAAUAAAAAUCAUAUGUCUAAACGUUUUUAAAUCUUAUAGACUUCUAAGAAAAUACUAAGAAAAAAUGACAGAAUAAUAUUUUGGUCAAAAUGACCAACCAUGCAGCAACAAUGUAACCAAAACCCUGCACGUGCACAGCUUUAAAGACCGUUUCCAUUCCAAGCGUAUCGUAACGUAACGUAACGUAACGUAACGUAACGUAACGUAGCGUAGCAUUUUAUUUUGUGUGAUUCGGUCCUCCCUAGUGCUCAGGAAACAAAGAAAUAUGCAACGCUUCGGUACGAUACGGUGGAAGUGGAAAACGGCCUUAUUUGGGUGUCAUUUUGUAUACGUGCGAUAAUGAAUAUCUCCACUGCUAUAUUCUUGCCUGGACGUUGGGGAUGAUCUGGUAUUGCGGCGUUAUCUUGCAUGGGAUGUACUUUAUCAAAUACGACGAGCGGAGCUAAAUUGUCCUGUGAACAUUUAAUAACUGAAUCGUUGACUAAUGACAGUUUUAAUUAUGUUACAGUGUAUCGUAGCUUGCUUGAUAAAUCAGUAAGCAGUCAGCAGUACACAUGCAUGUUCCUUGUUGUGGAGGGAUUAAUGGGGGUGAGGGACAGGGGUUGGAGUGGCUAAUUUGAGAGGGAGGCUAAAUAGAGGAUUUACUGUGUGUAUAUAAAUACCGUUUUAUAAAUAUAAAAUUUCUUUGCUAUUAAUAUUUUUUGUUGUUUGUGUAACUGAAACCCGUUCUGUUUUAGAUAAGUAUGAGAAUGCACCAGUCUUCAAAAGAUUGACUUUAAUUGAUAAUGAGUUUUCUGGAGCUGCUGUUUUAUUGCAUAAGUUUGCUGUUAUGAUUAAGGUACUGUAUAUAAGUAAUGGAAUAGCGCAUGCUGUCCAUUUCGUCUUAUUGGUUAUUGCCGGACAACUGUAUGAAUGAACUGAACGAAUAUCAUAUUUGUGUGAACCUGAAACUGAUUUUAGUUGUUAUGAAGAAAGCGGUCACAGGAAAACGGUGGCAUAGCUUCCGUUUUAAUUGUGGGCCAUGCUCACUAUUUUUCUGCAUGUCAUAACAUAUAAACUAUGAAUCGGCCGGAAGUGAGUAUUAUAAAUCAUGCAAUGGAUAACUGUGGUAGUGUGGCAUAGAUGCUGUCUUUUAACAGAAAAUGAAUUGUUAGCUGGUAUACAACAUGCAUACAGUAUAAACGGUAUCUUGAUAUAUAUACAAUUUUCUUUAAAAAUUAGUUAUUUUUAUAUAAUUUAGUGCAGUGGCGUAACGUUAUAUCAGGGGGCCCCCGGUUCAAAAUUUUCGAAGGCCCCCCUAGUAGAAGUGCCAAAGGCACGAGUCGAGCGCCGUAUAUGCACGAAUUUUCUAGGGGGUCCAGGGCAUGCUCAUCCGGAAAAUUUUUGAAUUUAGACUCUCUGAAAUGCCAUUUCCUGGACUUUGGGGAGAGAUUUUACAGAAUUCUGAUGGUCAUAAAACGACAUUGUAACAUAUCAGAGGCCCUGACCAAUGUUUUUGCUCUAUCGCCUAAGCCUGAGGGCCCCCAUUUAGGUUGGGGGCCCCCGGAUUCUCCCAGUCUGAGCCCAUAGUAGUUACGCCACUGAUUUAGUGUGAUCUCAUCUCAUCUUAUAGGUAUAAUGAAUUAGAAGAAAAUGAAAUUGCAUUGUUAUGGAUAGUAAUUAUAACCGUUAUAUAUAACGUCUUACCUCCGCAGGAGAUUGCAGACCUUUGGACGAAUGAAAGGCUUUUGAAUGUUGUUGAGCAGUUUAUAGGACCAGAGAUUGCAGGUCAUCCAGUCUGGAAUAUAAGGACUAAGGUUAGUCCGUUAGUGUGCUAAACCAUCUGCGAGUUUUAGUUAGUCCAAAAGUUAAUCCCACAGCCACUUAGCCUGCGCGGUAUAGACAUACGCAAGCUACAGCCUACUGCCCAAGCAACCGCCAAGGCGUUUUAAUUCUUUCUCGGCUUUUUUACUCCCUUGUGUUUUACUUUGACUAAUGCCAGACCGUUUUACUCUCGUUCAUCAUUGUCUGGUAAUCGAAGUGUUUAGAGGGUCAUCGACAAAACGAUUUUUUGUGCUGCGAUUGAAAACUUGUUUGACCAUUGUUAUAACCCUCUCAUCAGACAGAUUUAGAAAGGACGAAGAGGCAAACACGACGACGCGAUCUCAAUUUCAGCUCAAGAUUGAGAGCUAAGGAACUUGAUUACUGCAAUGAAUCGAAGCUUUUUAAAAUAACCGGCUCACGCACGGCUAAGUUCGAAAAAAAAAAUUAUUCGGUGUCUGCUAUAUGCGACAGAUUUUAUGUAACUCUUCCAAUGUCGCAACAAGCAUUCACGUUGCUCCAAUGACGUGAAAAUCUUAGUUUAACGUCCAGAGGAUAGAUCACACAUUAUUCAAACUUUUUAUUUUGCAUGAAGAAUUUCUUUGUUUCAAAGGCGACGUCUUUCAGUUCGCAUCGUGUUUUCUAAAUCAGUCUAUUACCCUAUCGUGCGCCCACCAGAAAAAUAUCUCAUUGUUCUAUAAAGUUGAUUAUUUUUUUAAAAUUCUUUGUUUACUUUUCCCUCUCCCACCUCGGCGCAUGUCCAAGAUGAGUGUAAGCAGUAUUCCACCCAAUCUCGUACCCAGAGCAAUGCCUGUGUGCGGGCUAGGAUGGCAUUGGCUCUGGGGAAAUUGACAACCGGAACCCCUAAAUUUAGGGAUUCCAGUUCUUUGUUGACAUGCACGAUUGAUAAACGUUAAACCAAUCACAGCACAGGAAAAAUUCAAUUUCCCCAGAGCCAAUGCCAUCCUAACCCGCGCACAGGCACUGCUCUGGGUACGAGAUUGUAUUCCACCACAUAAGCUGCCAUGAACUACCGUCAUGCAUGACCAGAAAAGGAUUAGAAACGCUUUCGUGAAAUCUAAAUUUCCCAACGGUCCUUGAUAUGGACAAAUUUGCAUUACACAGAUACCGAGAAAUGAACAAGUUACUGUUCCUUGGCAUCAAGGUAUGUUCCUAAACAUCGUCAUAAUCAUUGUCGUUCUUGAGGAAUUUCAUCCCGUUUGCAAUCUUUGUAUAAGAUGUGUUUUGUCCGUCUCUUAAGAACUUUGUUUGCAUGCCUGUAGAUUUAAUAUUUGUUGAGGUAGUCAAUCUUUUAUUUUUGUAGAAGUUAGUCAAGCCCCGGGAGUCUGACGUCUGCCAAGCUGACUAAUUAAAACUAGUAGCCUGGGACGAAAAUAGGUGUCGAAAGGAAAUUCCAGGUGUGCAGCUCAGGGACAGAUCUUCUUCCACCUCCCCCUUCCUCUCCCAAUGAUUAAUGCAGAACUUCAACCUCGUACCCAGGCUCUUUCCACUACGCGCCCCAGAACUUUACUCUGAAAAUUUCUUUUCACAAUCAAAUUUUUCGCAACUGAUAAAUGACUGAUGAAUAAUAGUUUUGGAAUUGGCAUUAAGUAAUUCUUGCGCGCAGUCUCAUAGCAUCGUCGAACGAUGUAGGAAGCGCGGGCUAGUAAUUCUAGGCUUCGAUAAGUCAUAUUUAUGUAAAGCUAAGCUACUUAUGACAGUCAUAAGUAGCUCCACAUGACUUUUGGAGUUGUUAGCCAGAUUUAGAUAACUAUCCCAACUUCCUUCACAUGAUUUUUGUAGUUGGCUGUAACUCCAAAAUGUUUUAUUCAACUAAAUUUUGAAGCACACAUUUUGAAUUUGGAGUCAUGCAACUAAACUCUAAGAAUAUGAAUUUGGUGUCUUGCAGAUAGUGCGUAUUUGUCUCCUGAAGCCUGCGAGGUAUUACAACCAACAGUUUGGAUUCCUUUACUUGAUGCAAAUAAGGAGAACGGUUGUAUGGAGGUGAGGACUGGAAAUCUCGUUCAGUCACCGAAUUUGAGAUUUUAAAAUGACAUCUUAUACGCAUAAAUCACCGGCUUAAAACAGCAUUACUUACUGUGAUUUUGAUCCAGGUAUAUCCGUCCGGCAUCAUGUUAGCAAAAUAAAGCCAUAUGGUUGACUGUUUUCCUCAUCAACGUUUUAUUCAUACAGGUAGCGCGAUAUGGUCACAAAAGUGGAGUUCUUGCCAAACACACGUGUUGUGCUGGGCCAACGUGGUACGUUGAUCUCGAUGAGAAUGAGAUGCAGACAACUUUAGGUAGGGUUUAUAUAUUGCAAAUUUCAUCUGCUGAUAGUUGCGCUCAUAUAGUAAUUGUGUAGUACAUAACAUUAUCUCAUACCUAGCGUAUUAGCGGCUUUCCUAUUGGCUACGAGGAGGUGCGUUCAAUCUCGAACCCACCCACUUAGGAGGUGGGUUCGAGAUCGAUGUUUCGGCGGCGGCCAUUAUGAAGCGAUUUGAACAAGUUUCCGACGAAGAUUUAAAUAAAAAAUAAAUUAACUGUUUUUAAUUGUUUUAUAAUUAUUAUUUUUUUUAUUUUGUUUGAUGAAAAUGGAAUAUUAAUUCUGUAUUCAAAGUGAAAGAGAAGAAAGAUGGCCGCCGAAAUUUGUUCGGCACGGACAGGUUUGGCAAUGUUUUCGCAGAAUGCGUGCAUUUUCUCUUUUCAAGAAUAAAGGAAUAUUGUAGAGAAUUGUUUUAGCUUCAAUUUAAGCCUAAGUUUGUUUGUUUGCAGAGUAUGUUGGCGGCUAAAAUGUUCGUUAUCCAAACAAGAAAUUAUAUACUAAAAUGCGUAAAUUCUUUAUUACUUUUUACCGAAAUGGCAUGUGAUAAAAACCAAACAUACUUACAGGUUCGGUGAGUUCGGGAUUGGCUGGAAGUUUCAAGAACCCCCCUCGGUUCGCUCGGUGAGUUCGGGAAACUUCCAGCCACCCUCGGUGCGUCCAAUCCCGGACUCACCGAACCUGCAAGUAUGUUUGGUAUAGAACAUUCAGGCGAAUAUUUAUAUAUUAUCAAAUUGUGAGUCACUUUAUUUUCGUGGAAACCGAAACUAUGUUAAAUUAAUUAAAGUGUUUUCAUUGGAAGCUAGUUUUAUACAAUUUAUUAUCUUCGUUAAGACUUAACGCUUGUCUUGGAUUAGGACGUGCAGUUUUUCGGGUCUAUUACUGAAUCAUCCUCACUCGCAUGCAUCUUCGUAUUUUAAGGCCAUAUCUUUAUACACAUAUUACACAAAGCAAUUUUUGCUGCAGCUUGCAACGCAAUUUUUGGCACAAAUUCAUGUUAUGUAAAACCUAUUUAUUUAUACAGUAAAAUUACCCACGGCGUUUUACUCCGCCCGCCGUUUCUUCACCUAACCAAUGAUACUAAAAAGGUAUGGAAGAAGUGAAUGAGAAUGAAAAAUAGCAGAAACGUGAGAAGCAGCUGCCCUUGCUCACUGAUUUACGGUUAAUACUUUUUGAACUUAACGCCAAAAUUGCGUAACCAAGUUGCAGCAAAAAUUGCCUCGUGUAACAUGGCUUUUUAGAUCCGGACUAUCGGGCCAAUGAGUUUAAUAAAGCUACGUCUGUGGCUACUUUUACACACAACGAUGAAUCGGGCAGAUCUCAGGUUUUUGCCAAAUGUUAAUGACGAAUGUUGUCUGCAGAUGACGAUGUCACAGAAUAGAAAAUAAACCAGAUGCCUCAUUGUACACCUUUCCCUAACAUUUUCGAAUUUGUGUCCGCGAUUUUCGCCUUGCGGAUCACAAAUUGUGCAUGCUAGAUGACGUGUGUGACACUUGCUGCGAACAUCACGUCAGCGUUCGUCAGCGUCAAUCUGGCGCAUAGAUAUCUUAUAUACACUAGAUAGUGCAUCUAAUUAUUCUGCAAUUCAAAAUUGAAGCCGUGAUUGCAGUCUCAGGUCGUUCCAAUGAAAUGAGAAGAUUCGUGUGUUUUCUAUUUCUUAAACAGGGAACUUAAACAUUAAGUUAACCCUAUUCCAAAUACGUUUUUAAACUAUUCAAAUGAUGAAAGUUAUUGUUGUUUUUAAGCGUUCAUUAACAAGUGGGAACGACCAACCUGGCCACCAUCUAUUCAAAUGGCGGUAACCGCUGGAAUAUUCUUGCCUUCAAUUUUUCUAAAAGAGAUACGCUAUCUAUAGUGUAUAUAAGAUAUCUAUGAUCUGGCGUCAAUUCCUCAAAUCAACGGUUUUUCUUGCAAUUCACAAAACAUGCUCAAAGUGUACGCUGCAUAUUCUGCAAUUAUGGUGUACUAAUAUUUUACGCUUUUGUUUUUCAAGUCUUGUCUUCCUGUUGCGAUGAUGGGUUAUUUGGACCUGUGGCAUUAAAAACGGUUAAAACGGCGAUCUUUGACAAGUGAUGGCGUAUUACUCGCGUUUGAUGUCGUCGUGAUUACACUUGCUGGCUCGCGCCUGCCCAUGAAAAAUCUCGGACAUAAUUUUGGCUAAGUGGACCUUCUGGUGUAUUUUCUAUUCUGUGACGAUGAUUUUUUUCAGAUGACGUUGACAGCGUAUUGAAUCGGCCCCGAUUAAUCGUUGUGUGUAAACGUUGUUGAUCAGUUUUAUGGAUUUUUAGGCGUUGAUAUGGAGAAAGAUAUCGUUUUAUGCGAAGUACCGUUUGGGGGUGUUCUCUUCAUCAAUAAUAUGAUCCCACAUAGAAG